AUGCAGAGCAUCAAGUGUGUGGUGGUGGGCAACAGGGCAGUGGGCAAGACGUGCCUUCUCAUCUGCUAUACUACCAAUGCCUUCCCUAAGGAGUACAUCCCAACUGUGUUCGACAACUACAGCGCCCAAAGCACUGUGGAUGGGCGCACAGUCAAUCUGAACCUGUGGGACACAGCAGGCCAGGAAGAAUAUGACCGGUUACGCACCUUGUCCUAUCCCCAGACCAACGUCUUUGUCAUCUGCUUCACCAUUGCCAGCCCACCUUCCUUUGAGAAUGUGCAGCACAAGUGGUACCCAGAGGUUUGUCACCACUGCCCUGAUGUGCCCAUCCUGCUUGGGGGCACCAAGAAGGACCUGCCAGCCCAGCCAGAUGCUGUAAGGCGGCUGAAGGAGCAGGGCCAGGCAGCCAUCACGCCCCAGCAGAGUGUAGCCCUGAGCAAGCAAAUCCAUGCCGUUUGCUACCUCAAGUGCUCUGCACUGCAGCAGGAUGGCGUCAAAGAAGUGUUUGCUGAGGCUGUCUGGGCCGUGCUCAAUCCAACACCACUCAAGCGAGGCCGCUCCUGUUUCCUCUUGUGA